AUGACUGGAGAACAUGAAGCUGCCAUUCUCCCCCAGCAAGGCGGCCCCUUGUUCCUUGGCCAUCUCCCUGGUCCCGGAAGCCGAGUCAUUGUCUUUGCCUCAUCUUUCUACCAGAAUGGCUCUCCCGACCACGGUUCCUUCCAAAAGUACACGUUGGCCCAAUCCAAAGCGGUCAUUCCACUUCCAGAUAAUCUCUCCUUUGAGGACGGCGCGGUCUUCCCUUUGGCCGUCUUGACGGCCUUGACAGCCUGGACCACCAUCGGCAUUUCUGCUAAAUACUAG